AUGGCUUCCGGGCUCGACGAGCAUCUUUUGGGUAUAGACGUGAGGUUUCCGACGACAAGUUCAUGUUCUUUGUCGUCGAUUGUGAAAAAAGGCCACCGCUCCUUGGCCUUUGAUCACGCCUCCAAGCUAAGUCGGGAUGGACAGCUUGGGCAACAUGACGCAUUGCCUUUUUCCUGGAUCGAUAUAGACAAGAGCGCCGAGUAUGUCUGCUUCAAAUAUCAGGAUAAAGUCCGGAAGAUUUCCCAAGACGGCACUUUGAUAGAGUGGAAAGGGGACUUUCAUGAGGGUCGCUUUGACCGGGGUUGCCAGGAAAUGGCCUCCCCUUGGUCGCGCGAGUCGGCUGCGGUGACGCUUGUCAAUCAGACUACCAAGCGAAUUGAUUUCAAGUGGAUCAGCAACGACGAUGAUGCUCGCUUCUGCGGUUCAUUGCAGAGUGGCCGAAGCCGCGUGGUGAACUCUUGGCUCUAUCACUACUGGCGCUUGGAGCUCCAAGAGUCUGCAACGAGAAGCUCGGUGGCGUUUCAGUUAAAAAGUCGUCGUUGCACAGCCGUGAUUGAGGAUUCUCCUCUGGGUUUAUCUCUCUCCUGGCAGUCGGAUCCUAUUAUGGAAAAUGACCUAGAUGAAGUCCCCAAACAAGAUAUCGGUUCUUGCUUUGAACCGUUUCUGCGUAAAGGCAACGUCUGGGUACGAAAGCCUGACGGCUACGAGAGCCAAGUUUCUUUCCGUGGAUUCAGUGACAAUGAAUUCAAAGACAUCUACUCAUCUCCAGAUGGGCAGUUUGCGAUUGCAAUGCAGUGCAAGCCAGCGUCCAAGGCAUCGCUGCAUCUGAUUGACGUGAUGCCGCAGGAUCAAUUUCGGCCAAAGCUCGUGACCGGAGAGUAUCUCCGGGCUGGAGAUGACGUUGAAGUGAAACGGCCUUGUCUUUUUAACUUCGCUACCGGAGAUGAGAUAUUUGUUGACAAUUCUCUAUUUGCCAACCCGUAUGCAAUCACUAGCAUUGGCUGGUCGAGCGAUGGCCAAAAGUACUACUUUGUCUUCAACGAGCGCGGCCAUCAACAUUUGCCCGAAGAGAAGAGUGACACGUUUGUUGACUAUCACCAGAAGACAUAUUUCAAGCUUCUGCUCGGCACAAAUGAGUUUCUGUGGGCUAGCGAAAGGAAUAAUCGGAACCAAAUCUAUCUAUUUGAUCUGAAUGAUGGGAAACUAAAGUGCCAGAUUACAAAGGGCGAAUGGAAUGUCCACUUCAUUGACCAUGUUGAUGUGAAGACACGAAAGCUGUGGGUUCGCGUAUUGGGUAUCAUGCCGGGUCAAGACCCCUACUAUGCACACCUCGUCUCCGUCAAUUUCGAUGGCUCUAUGCUCCAAGUGAUUACUAAAGGCGACGGGUCGCAUACUUGGCAAUGGGGGCCGAAUCGGCGCUUUUUGAUUGACACCUGGUCAAGAGUCGAUUAUUUGCCGACGUCGGCCGUUCGAGAUGCAGAAACUGGCAAAGAAACGUCGGGUUUCCCGAUCGAAUUGCCUGGAUACGCGCCCGCCGCCAAAACACACGUCCGUUUUAUGAACUUGUCGCGUGUAGGCUGCUACGGCUACUCUGCCGGCAGGCCAAAACCGCCGCCGCUGCCGCCGCCGCCGCCGUGCUCCACCACGCCGACUUUUUACAAGGCCCGCCGUCCGCCCGCGCGCGCCGGGUCCCACGAUAAACCCGCCUGGGCGCCUUACUGUGGAGUGGAGAUGUUUUCAUGGGGCUAUCCCCCGUCGACGAGAGCUACGACCGGUGCUUCCAACGUCACGCACGCACGCGCACAAAGCUUCGGCGGCGCGCUGAUGCUCUGCGUCAGGCGGCGGCUUAAGACAAUAAUGUUCGACCCGGCGUCGACGCUGCGGGGCUGGCGACACAAAGCUGAUUGA